AUGCCUGCGGGCACAGCUUGGUAUCAUCAUGACCAGCCGUCUUCCGCCGUGACGAUCCGCGAAGCGUAUUUCGAUCACCGUGGGGCCCGCCACGGUACGCGCAAACUCUCGAAGUCCUCGCGCAUGGCGUUGGCCUUGACAGCCGCCUGUUGUGAACUUGGCAAGGGAAAGGUGUUCGUUCUGCAGCCCGACGUAUCCGACCUAUCAUCCCGAAGACAGAGGUUGGUUGAGGCCCGUGCGGCGUUUCUGGCCGUUCCAAGCCUUUUCUUCGUACCGUCGACCUGGUCGGCGGACGAGCAAGCGCGAUGGACGACCAUGAGGCCUCUGAGUCAGCUGGAGGAGCUCACUAGCCGCAGUGGCGUCGUCCCCUUGUCUCAAAGCGUCCUGCCUAUCGACGUGGAGCUUUCUUCUGAACCUGAGGCCUGUCCGACCCUGAACGGGCUCAAGACUGCCACUGCGACGAUCAUCAUCGCACCCACUCCAUACGCUGGUUUGACACAAGAUAUGAGGGCGGCGUGUGGACCCGUGGACGUGGAAUCCCUCGAAUUUCGAUGCUCGUCGGGCUGGGGCCCUUUUCAGCGCUGGCGGCGAAACGAUGGGCUGAUCGGCGUCGUGGAGGAACUGGCUUCAAUGUAUCACAGUGGGCGGGCGGCACUAGCGUUUUUCGGAUCACUCCGGGGCAGACUCAUUCAGGCCAACAUGGCCGCCGCCCAAGCAGGGCAAGCUUAUCUUUUAUGGCACGCGACAGAGGAGGAAUAA